CGCGAGCGAGAAACAGACACAGCCCAAAUCCUCAACCUGUUUGUUUCUCUCUCUCUCUCACCCCGUGGAGCUGUUCCUGAGCCGUUCACCUCCCUCUCCAGCUGCUGUUUCCCCAUUCUCCGCAUCUUCCUCUUUCCUUUCUUUCCUUUCUUUUUAUUCCACUCACCUUUUUCUCGUCCAUCUCUCCAUUCACACCUCCUCCGCUUUCCUUCACCUUCCACCUCCCGGUAUCUUUCCGUCCCCCCACCCCAGUCCUUCUAGUCCUUCCUUCUCCCAUCACUUCUCUGCUUUCCUUCCAUCCCCUAAACCCAUUGCCUGAUCUGUCAUCCAGGCAUCCCUCCAUCCGCCUAACCCUCUCCCCACCCUUCACCCACCGAUUUCUCCAGCUCCGGCUCCCUUCGCUGGGUCCAUCUUUUAAUUGCUUCUUCCCUCCCUCCCUCCCUCCUGAGCACCCUUGCGUUUGUGGGUCAGGGCACUGGGGCUUCCCCCAGGGGGCACCAUGGCACUGCUGAGCUCCCCCACCGAGACCGAAUGCUUAACCAAGCCGCUUUUCUGCCGCAAGGGGGCGCUACGCCAGAAGGUCAUCCAUGAGGUCAAGAGCCACAAGUUCACCGCCCGCUUCUUCAAGCAGCCCACCUUCUGCAGCCACUGCACGGACUUCAUCUGGGGGAUUGGAAAGCAGGGGCUGCAAUGCUUAGUGUGCAGCUUUGUCUUACACAAGAGAUGUCACGAAUUUGUCACUUUCGAAUGUCCAGGAGCUGGGAAAGGGCCCCAGACAGACGAUCCCCGGAACAAGCAUAAAUUCAAAUCUCACAGCUACAGCAGCCCAACCUUCUGUGAUCACUGCGGCUCGCUCCUCUAUGGGCUGGUGCACCAGGGGAUGAAAUGCACCUGCUGUGAGAUGAAUGUGCACAAACGCUGUGUCCAUUGUGUGCCCAGUCUGUGUGGUGUGGAUCACACAGAACGCCGGGGACGCGUGCAACUCCACAUUGAGACACUUGGGAGUGAUGAGAUUCGCGUGACUGUUGGUGAAGCACUUAACUUGAUCCCGAUGGAUCCCAACGGUCUCUCGGAUCCCUAUGUGAAACUCAAGCUGAUCCCUGACCCUAAGAAUCUAACAAAGCAAAAGACCCGGACAGUUAGAUCCACCCUCAACCCUGUGUGGAAUGAAACCUUCAUUUUCACCCUGCAGCCAGGUGACAUGGAGCGACGUCUCUCCAUUGAGGUGUGGGACUGGGACCGGACCACCCGUAAUGAUUUCAUGGGAGCCAUGUCCUUCGGGGUCUCUGAGCUUUUUAAGGGCCCUGUGGAAGGCUGGUACAAAUUGCUCAAUCAGGAGGAGGGCGAAUAUUAUAGUGUCCCUGUGGCUGAUGCAGAAAACUGUGGGCUGUUGCAGAAAUUUGAGGCUUGCAACUUCCCUCUGGAGCUCUACGAGAAGGUCCGUCACGGCCCCAUCCCAUCGCCGUCUCCGAGCCCCACGGACCCCAAGCGGGGCGGAUUCUUUGGCACCAACCGCUUCCACAUCUCCGACUUCAACUUUCUCAUGGUGCUGGGCAAAGGCAGUUUUGGCAAGGUGAUGUUGGCAGAGCGCCGUGGAACUGACGAACUGUUUGCCAUCAAGAUCCUCAAGAAAGAUGUGAUCAUUCAAGAUGAUGAUGUUGAAUGCACCAUGGUAGAAAAGCGGGUCUUGGCCAUGGGGGAGCGUCCACAUUUCCUAACCCAACUGCACUCCACCUUCCAAACCGCGGAUCGGCUCUAUUUUGUUAUGGAGUAUGUCAACGGAGGAGACCUGAUGUAUCAUAUCCAGCAGGUUGGGAAAUUCAAGGAACCACAUGCUAUGUUUUAUGCUGCAGAAAUUGCGAUCGGCCUGUUCUUUUUGCAUAACAAGGGAAUUAUUUACAGGGACUUGAAACUGGAUAACGUAAUGUUGGAUGCCGACGGUCACAUUAAGAUCACAGAUUUUGGGAUGUGUAAAGAAAACAUUUUUCCUGGCAUCACAACCCGGACCUUUUGUGGAACACCUGACUACAUUGCUCCAGAGAUUAUUGCCUAUCAGCCGUAUGGGAAAUCUGUGGACUGGUGGUCGUUUGGGGUCCUUCUGUAUGAAAUGUUAGCUGGGCAGCCACCAUUUGAUGGAGAGGACGAAGACGAACUCUUCCAGUCAAUCAUGGAGCACACGGUGUCCUAUCCUAAAUCGCUCUCACGAGAGGCUGUCUCCAUCUGCAAGGGGUUCUUGACCAAACAUCCCCUGAAGCGCCUGGGAUCAGGGCCAGAAGGGGAACGGGACAUUCGGGAGCAUGGCUUUUUCCGCUGGAUGGAAUGGGAGAGACUGGAGCAGCUGGAAAUCCCUCCGCCUUUCAUCCCCAGGCCAUGCGGCCGAAGCGGCGAAAACUUUGACAAGUUUUUCACACGGGCACCACCAGCGCUGACGCCCCCAGACCAGCUGGUCCUGGCAAGCAUUGACCAGAGCGAAUUCCAGGGGUUCACCUACAUCAACCCUGAAUUCGUGCAUCCAUCCACAUUGCGACGGGGAAGCCUUUCCCCAACCGGGCUGCCCCUCUCCCCAACCGGGCUGCCCCUCUCCCCAGCCGGGCUGCCUCUCUCCCCAGCCGGGCUGCCUCUCUCCCCAGCCGGGCUGCCCCUCUCCCCAACCAGGCUGCCCCUCUCCCCAACCGGCCUGCCCCUUUCCCCAACUGGGAUGCUCCCUUCCCCAACCUCCUUAGUGUGAGAAUGAACCCUGAUGACCUUUGACCCUAACAUCCCUAAGUCAAGCCUUGCCCGUAGAACUCCGCUCCUGAGAGCAUGACUCCAGCUCGAAACCCAGCCCUAACCCUGACCAUAUGAUCCCUGAAGACAUUGUGAAUUGCCUCCUCUGGCGUGUUGCUUCCCUCUCUUACUUCCUCUAUUAGGUACAACCAAAGUGGUGAGGUUAAGAAUGAAGGCACACAGACAUGGACUAUAUUUGUAUCUAUAUCUAUAGUGACAGAGAGUUUUAAAAAGCCCUGAUGAAACAGCACUCCUUCCUAAGUCAUGGUUAACUUUUUUGAGCAUCCUGAAGUUUAACUGAAGUUGUGUUCUCACAAACUGCCCCAGGCAUUACUGUUAAGAAUUGUGAAAACAGGGGUAGUGAUAACUUCAGUACUCGAAUUACAAGGGUCCAGGACCCCCUGGCCUUUCCACCUUUUGUGGGGGUACCUUUAGCUACUGUAUUAAGAAAGCUAGGAGGAGGUCAUGAUUUGGCUGAGUUCAGGUUUUGAAAGGGAGGGGCUAGUGAACUCUUAUCUCCACCUCUCUUCCUGCCCCAUAACUGGUGUCCUGGAUAACCUUCACAUGUUCAGAAAUUACCCUGAUUUAGCUUAAUUUGGGGAUUUCUUUGGGCUAAUUUCAUAACAUGCAUAUUUUCUUCUUAAAAAACAAACAACUUUAAAUGGGUAAGGGGCAAUAGACAGAGCUGUACUUACUUUAUUUAUUAAUUUUAUUGACAAGACUUCCAUACUGCUUAAAUAUUAAAAUCCCUAAGCAGUUUACAUUUGUGAGAAAUGAUGAGUAUCGUGGCUGAAAUUUGCCUAGGAGCCACCUAGGCCCUGGCCUCUUCCCUAGUUCCAGGUUUACCACAUGGCCCCAAAGCUCUGGAAAUUGGGCUGAGUAAUGAGGCGAUAAAAUGAAGCUGUGUGGUGGAAAUUUAAAUCUCAAUGCAAAGCAGUCACAGAACCACUGAACUCAACCUGUAUUCAUCCCCUACGAAUGUGAUUUCGUCCCCUGAAUCCCUUUUGAAUAUGGCACAGCAGGGCUGGCAUCGAAGGUAGGGAUGGUUAGGGGCCCCGCCGAGGGCCCGCACCACAGCACGGGCUCAUCGAUAAGAAUGCCAUGGACUUGCUCCUCCUCUUCACCAUGGCAAUCUGCUUGUUCACCUCCGUCUUGCUCUGGACCACGCAACUGAGGUGGAGCAGCAGCAGAUGCCACGGCCUACUUGCUCACUGGCUCUCUGCCUGUCAAGAAAGCAAGUAGUAACAAUGAUGAGAAAGAAGAUGAGGAGCAAGAGCCGAUGGUGACCAUGGCGACGUGAAUGCAGACUCACUGAAGGAGAGGCCCCAUUGAGGCUGCCUGGCCCAAGGGCCUUCAGAAACCUGGAGUUGGCACGGGGGGGGGGGUGUACGUUUUUUGUAAAGGAUAUGAGGGAAGGCCAUGGCCAUCAUUAAACCAGAAAGCCCUGGACUUAGAGAAACAGCCAUAGGACAGUUAUGUGAUCAGUAGUAGAUCUGCCCUGAAAGAUGGGGCAGGGUGGGGUGGGGGGCAGGGAGAGGAAUCCACCCUUUCAUUGCUAUUUGUCUUGAUUAUACAAACAGAUAGCCUUUUGUUUGUUUUUAACAGGCUUAAAAUGUUAAGGGAGAACUUAUCAGCGUGAAGUGAUCUUGGGUUUGCAUUCCCCUGAAGUAAUUUUUUAAAAUUAAGCAAGUGUCAGGAAACAACACCUUCCCCCUCCACUCACUAGUUGGUUGUUCAAAUAAUUUCCUGAAACCCUUUCUCUUACCAUUCCUCAUCCCACCCUUAGACCCUAACCCUAAACUUCACCUCCACGGUGCUUUUCUGACCCCCAUCUGCUACAGUGUGACGAUGUAAUCCUAAACUUGAUAUAUCUACCCAAACCUCAAACCCUAAUUACUUAUACCUCAUGCCUAGUGAGGGUGUCUGCUUCCACACAAAAGUGGUGAAAUCCUCACCAGCCGUACCCCUACCACCCAUGAUGCCUCACUCUCUGGGGUACAGUCCUCGCCCUUUUGAGUCCUGUUGGCUCAGUCCCCCCUCACUGACACCUUUGCCUUGCUUUCUCUAACACGGCUGCCCUUAUCACCCACUGAGCGGUUGGAAAUCAAACUUUGGAAGGAAGUGAUGACAGCGACGGAGGUGGCGCUAGACUCUGAGGAGAAAAUAUUUUCCUUCUUCCAUAACACAGCAUGUCCAAAUGCAAACUUUUUCUUCUCUCCGGUGCAUGGACUAUUAUAUGAAUAGUAUACAUAUAUUUAUUUAUUUAUACACCUGUUCCCACAUUGCCAUCCUGCUAAAUGGACACCUCACUGGCUGCAUCUGUUCUCCCAAGUUACACCUGGCAGUCUCUUUCCGGCUUUAAAACAGGUGCAGUAAACUGAAAACAGCACCUUCACCUCAUCUCCAAAGUCUCCAGAGCUGUUCUUAACCAAUUGCGGUCUGUAUGCUAAGACAUGAUUUUCAUUGUACUUUUUGAUGCGGAAAAGGCACCCUGUCCAUUUUGUGUGGUGAAUAUUUCAUUAUGCAGUAAAAGACUGGUGUUCAUUUACCACAUGAUGGAAACCUAUAGAAAACUAAUAGUUUGUCCUGAUGUGACAAUUCUAGCUAUUUCCAUGAUAGGGCACACUCAAAAUGCAAUGUCAAUUGGACUAUGCCAAACUGGCAUGUAUAAAAUGUACUUGGGCAACUUUCCUAUGCUAAAAAGUAAUGAAACCUGGGCCUUGGUUGGCAGGUGGCAGAAGAGGAAGUAUUAUUCUGCUGGCAGGAUAUGUUGGCAAACUAAGUGAAAAAUUUAAAUGACAUUCUCCUCUCACAUAUAAGACACCAGAUCCUAGGGUGCCUGGGUCAGUACCAGUUCUUCUUCACCUGUCUCCUCUCACCUUUAAAUUUUUGCAGGCAGGAUUAAGGAUAUUUUUACAUGAGGGUUUUAACCCACACCUUUACCCCGGGGGCUUCUGCUUCCUGAUUCUUUGUGGAAUUAAGAUUGGCUCCUUUACAUGUCCUUUUCCCCCCCGGGGGUUUCUUUCUCUGCUUUUCUGUAUGUUUCUUUAUACAACCACUAGAUGGCGCUUUGGUUUAGUGGAGUUGUGCAAUUACAUGGGGUUUAUUUUCUAAAAAAAUAGCAGACUUUCCCCAUUAGGAAAAAACACACACCCGCGAUAAUGGUUGCAAAGAGUGGAAGAGACCCUGGAGAAUGAUGAUGUCGUGUAAAGGACCCACAAACUACUGUGAGUGAACAAUCAUGAGUGCACAAUAAAAGUCUUGUGUAGAAAGGCUUUAUGGCUUUACCACUCUACACCAGAGUUGUUGAAUUUCUUUCAGACUGAGAGACAAAUUCAGUUUUGGAGAAGCUUUCAGCCAGGGCCUACAUGUCGCCAUGCCAGCGGGCUACACUCUCUUUAGCCUUGGUGUGUCCCUCUCUGAUAAGCUGUAAAUACUGAGGGUUGAUGAAGUGACAUAGCAAGGCUGUAAUAAAAGAGUUUGACAGGCCAGACUUAGGGCUGCAAAGCUAGGGGCAUGGAUGCUAGGUGUGUAGUGCUGCCAGGGCCAUGCAGCCCACCAGCAACUUAGGCCAAGUUGGGGCCUAGAGCAAGCAUGGGCUCCAAGCUGCACCUUUUUACCUACCUAAGGUAACCUCUGGUUGGAGCAGAAGAUGAUGGAAUCCAGAGCUCCUGAAAGGGGAGCAAGAUGGUUAGCAAGACCAGGAGGGUGCCAGGACAUUCUCCUGUCCCAAACAUUCCCACAGCUCAUUUCCUUCUGGUUUUCCUGAUCCUUCCAGCACAUCAGUCUUCCGCCAGUUUCCUGCCUCAAUCUUUUCGCAGAUCCCCAGCUUGGGAAUAACCAGACAUCCCUUCACACCUUCUCCCCUUUGGCUUGUGGUUCCCUGUAGCCAGUACCAUAGACUAAUGGACUCACCUAUGCAUUUCAAUAUAAAAGAUAUUUA